AUGGCGGCUUAUCCGAUUUAUGAUAUAACAACCAAUGCCGAAAGCCCCGUGUAUUGUGUCAUCCCCAACCUCCAUCCCGACACGGUCGACUUGGAGUCGGUAAUUGAUUCUGAAGCAGAGUCAGCAGCUUCUGGUCUGACUAUAAACUCGGAGAAUGUGCCAGAAUACUUUGUUGAACGUCAUGGCCGCCAGCAACCCGCAAGUGAGAAUGCUCUCCGAUUCUUCCCUGCAGAUAGCACUCGAAGAUACAUAUUACGGCAUAUUCUCGGAAAGUACUUGUUUGGCGGCGAUUGCAGUGGGUUUAUGAAUGAUAUGUUGACUUCCAAUCCUGAACGGAGGUUCAAUGUCCUUGAAUUGGGUACGAGGGAUGGAACUUGGGCUCAAGACAUGGCAGCCAAGUUCCCCAAUGUACAAUUCCGAAGCCUGGAUUUUGUACCAGUCAUGGCACACACGCCUCGCUCGAACAUCUUGUUCGAAGUUUACGACUUUGCCGCGAGGAUACUGCUUGAAGACUCAUCCCAAGAUAUCGUAUUCCUUAACGUAGCAUCGGAGCUGGUCAAUGACUAUCGUGCGCUUCUUCGUGAUGUGCAUCGUGUACUACGCCCAGGGGGAAUAUUAUAUAUACGCGAUUAUAACCUGAGACUAUGGGAGCCGCAAGAGAGUCCUCGAUUGGGGCAAAGUCUAAAGCCAGCCAGCUCCAGGAUUUAUGAUAUUGCACGAGAGGUCCUCACCCGACUUGGCGGCGAACCGGAUAUAUGCGACAAGAUAGCCCGAUGGCUGGCACCUGAUUCAGGCUUGUGGUCGCAUAUCAACUCUGAUCAAUCAAAAGGAUUCGAAAGAGUGGAGGCGAUUACGAUAUCAUAUCCUUCAUACCCACAUGGAACAUAUCCCUGCACAUCCAAACUGGACUCCCGAAUCAUACCCGUUUUAGCCCACUACGCUACAAUGACGACCCGCGACAUGUUUGGUGUCUUACGUGACGGUGGAAUGACAAGCGAUGAAGCCAACAAUAUUAUUGAAGCCUCUAUCGAGGAAUUGAAGGACCCUAGGAGAUGCAGCUUAUCACGGUUUUAUGGUAUACAGGCAGUUAAACGGAGUUGA